AAACAAGAGAGUAUUUGCAGGAUAUUCUCACAGCAGGAUGUGUAGCGGAGCGGAGAGAGACGGAGAGACCAGCAUGAGACGGUCAGCAGCGGACGACAGCACCGGAGCAGCACACUACUGAGGUGACACACCUCAAACACACCUGCGCUUCACUGCGACCGCACUCUCAACAUCAUGGGGACGCGUCUCUGGAUCCUGAUGCUCGUGGUGCACCAGGUCUCUCCGUACAGACACCGAGCCGAAGCUGCGCUCUGUCAAGUGGUCCAGGAGGAUGUCGACUGCAGCGGUCUGAACCUCAGACGGAUCCCGGUGCGACUGCCGUCCUCUAUCCACCUCCUCGAUCUGUCUCGAAACCUCCUGCAGAACCUCACGGACCGGGAUCUUCCUGAUCUCUCCACCGUCCAGCAUCUGAACCUCCACGCCAACAAGAUCCAGUUCAUCCAGCCGGGGCUGUUCCGAGACACCAGGCGUCUGGAGGUGCUGGAUCUAUCGGGAAACUCCCUGGACCUGUACGCGGCUCUGAAAACACACCUCGGGCCGCUCAGAUCAGUCCGGCAUCUGGAUCUGUCCGGAAACGGUCUGUUCACGGAUAUGAGCGACUACUUCCUGAGCGACGCCCCGGUCCUCAGCAACCUCUCUUUAGACGGGAACAGCAUUACUAAAAUCAGCAGGCACACAUUCAACGGAUCUCAGGCUCUAAGAAACAUCGACCUGCACAAUAACGUCAUCAUAGAAAUCGAGGAAGGUGCUUUCGAGUCGCUGACGGGACUCUCAGAGCUCGAUCUGUCGGUGAACUCCAUCUCGUGCAUCACAGACUUCAACCUCGUUCAGCUCAAAACUCUCAACUUGAGCAAAAACAGCCUGAACAGCUUUCAGACCGUUGAUUCGGAUCUAGAGUUCGAGCUUCAGUAUCUGGACCUGAGGGAAAAUAAAAUCCUGUAUUUCCCCGUGCUUCCCGAGAGGAACAAACUCAUGUACCUGGACCUGUCCAGAAACCUCUUGAGAAGCGUGAACUGCUCCGGUCCGCUAGAAGAGCUGGAGAACCUGAAGGCCAGCGGGUAUCUGUCCACCCAUCACGAUAAACCCCUUUGUCUUUGUGUUAAUCAGAGACACCAGGCUUUCCCCAACUUGCUUUACUUGGACUUGAGCUACAACCAGUUCAAAUCGAUUCCGUCCUCGUUCUUCAGCAGCGUGGCUUCUCUAGAGAGCCUGAACAUCAGCAAUAACUGUCUAGAGAGCUUCAGGGUGGAUUCAGAAGGUCAUCUGAACUUGCUGAAAACCUUGGACAUCAGCUACAACAACCUGCAGAACUUGUCCUUCGGGGAAAACACUCUGGCUGCGUUGGAAGUCUUGCACCUUCAGGGAAACGCUCUGAGCACACUAGACCCCGGGAUCUUCUCAAGGCUCCCAAACAUACAGAGUCUUCACCUUCAGCAAAACCUGUUCAGCAUCUGUCCUUCUCUCAAGGGUCCCACGCACGACUGCAUCCGACUGUCCUCUAUCCCCACCCUGAGCUACCUGUACCUCUCGGAGAACAGUCUCGAAUCGGUUCCACCCGGAGCGUUUCACGGAAGCCCGCUGCUUAUUCUGGACCUGUCCCUGAAUCCCGGUGUGGAUGUCGGCACGUCGUCUCUCUCAGGUUUGGAGACGACCCUCACCCAUCUUUCUCUGAGAGGAAACCAGCUCCGAAACCUAGCCGUCGACUUCACCUUCUUUCAGAAACUCAAGUCUUUGGAUCUGUCGGUGAACCGGCUCACGGGGGUCUCUCUGUGGAGCGGAGACUCUUCGGUGGAGUCCUUGAACCUGCAGAAUAACAGUUUGGUGACGCUCACAUCCGACACGGUCUUCGCUCUGCAGAAAUCGCUCAGAACUUUAUACGUAGGCUCGAACCCGUUGAGCUGCUGUGGAAACCCGUACCUCCUCACGAUGCUCCAGCAGGACAGACUGAACGUGCCGGACAUCGCCGUCGUGACCUGCUGGUACACCAGAGACUCGGAGAGCGUGGAGAUCAGCGUGAGCGCCGUGGAGCCGGAGCACUGCGAGGCUGUGGACAGGAAGGUGUUGUGGAUCAGCGUGAUCGUGGUGCUCGCGCUCGGACUGAUGCUGGUGUCGGUGGUCGCCUUGAAACUCUGUCUCUCGAAAACACAUGGAUUCAAAAGAGGCAUUAAAGCUUGAGUCUGCAAAGAAGGAAAAGAAACCGAAGCGUUCUCACCUGACUGUGGCGAAGCAUGCAUGACAGCUAGGUUUCAGUAUGUGAUGCGUGGGUGAUAUGGAAGUUCAAUGUGAAAUCCUGAUCCCAAUCACACAUUAAUGUUCUAUUUAAACAGAAAUGCAUGCAAUAUUCACAGAAUAAACUGGUGAACAGGAGUGAGGGUCACGCGGGACGUGCUCUUGCAUUCAACACCAGCUAAAUGCAGGAACACAUCAUGAGUGAACAGCCCCUCAGACUGCACAAAUUAUCUGAAUUAGCCAAACAGAACAUGUUUUUGUGUGUGCUAAUACAGGAUAUCUUAUGCUACUACACUACACUUUCUGAUGCACGCACUUUAUUGAUUGUGAUUUGUGACCAAGAGAGUGAAAUGUUCCUGCGAUUCAGGUCAGAUUCACUGGACUAGUUCUAGAGCGAGACUCGUGAUUGCAGGAGUGUGUUUUCAAUAUCGAUGUGCCAUGUAUGUUAUGAAUUAGCCAAAGGAAUUUCGUGGGCCGUAGGAAGUGUUGGAAGACCUGCAGCAGAGCGUCUCUCAGCGUCGCUUUCCUGUUGUUGAGCUCAGUUUCCUCUCUACAUUGCAUUCGCGGUGAUGAUUUAUUCAUUCAGUCUCUCUCAGUGACACUGAACUGUGUUUGACCGGUGAUACGGUUCAGCUCCGAACACACACAUGAACACACACCGCCUGCGAUGUUUGUUUGGUCUUUUUAGAAAUAUUUCCAGCCUGGAGCUGAAAUAAGUUUGACCCUGGAGUCUAUAUCAGGCGCGGAUAAAGAUAGACAGAUAAUCCCUGUUGAGGGAAGCGCACAUCAUCACCGCAGAUAUUAAUAGAGGUUUGUUUCACAGCUGUUGACGUGCUCAUGACAGCAGCUUCCUCCUGUCCAUCUGAUUCAUGGCCACGCCUCCUUCUGCUUUCCAGUUACACAUGACAAAACCCACAGAAGCCUCACACACACACACACACACACGUCAUGUAUGAGCAUCCACUACGCACCAGCACUAUAUGAAGGAACUAUUAACACAAUGUUUGUAUAAUGAACUACUGUGUAAAUCUAUUUAUGAAGUAUUUUCCUAAAUAAAAGAUUUCUGUUACGUGUCA